ACCACUCUGGCCCUACUAUCACAACCGGCGUUUUCAGAGGCCACGUUCGCUUCACCAACAUCCUUCAAUUACAUUCUCUAAGCGUUAAACAUAUACUACCGGAGCCAUGGACCCCGAACAGUAUGGAGGUCGUACUGACGACGAUCUCUUCGCCGACGAUUUCGAGCCCGUAGCGCCUGAGGAGCAGGUCGCGACCAUCUCUACGGAAACAGGAGCGCCCGUCCAAGACACGAACAUCACGAGUCCUGCUUCCACUGCCGUGGAACUCUCUCAACCAUCCGAGCCAGCGCCUGUUCAGAAGUCUGCCCCCGCGCCUCAAGCACCCAGAGGACUUGCCAACUCGCGUCACGCCCCUGCCAAUCGUCCUGAAAAGCAACCGCGCAACAACAAUCGUCACCCUAAAGCCAACAACAGCGCGAGCAACAACAGCGCGACUCAAUCUCAACAACAGCAGUCAACCUCCAACGCACCUCCCUCUGCCCCCAAAGAACUUCGCGAGAAAGAAGCCAGGGACAAGGAAGCUGGUCGCAACACUGCGAGCGUCUCGUCGGCUGCGAGAAUCGGUUCCGGCGCGAAUCCACGCACCAAGCUUACUGAAGACGAACUGGCAGCCAAGAUGGAGAAGAUGCGUAUUAUAGCCGCCGAGAAAACUAAGCGUUUCGAACAAGCCCAGCGUGACGAAACUGAGCAUGCUGCCGCCUACGCUAAGGGCAUGGAAGAGGAUAGGAAACGUCGUGCUGAACAAGCGGCCAAGAGGAAGGCUGCCGAGGAAGACCGCAAGAAGAUGGAGGAUGAGCGGGAAAAGAACCGUGAGCGUAAGAUGCGCGCUAUGGGCGCCAAGGAGGGUGGCUCUUGGGACGAGGGUAAGGAGGAGCGCAUGAGAGAGGAGGAUCGAAGAGGCUACAGGGGUGUUAAGGGGGUUGCAAACACACAAUCGUGGGCGCAAGACCCGGCUGACGGCAAUGAGCGAGGAGACAGUUACCGUGGUGGACGUCGUGGUGGAAGAGGGGGAUUCGGUGGCGGAAGAGGGCGUGGGGGAGGUGAUGGGUAUGGCGGCCGCACCCUUUUCGAGCCGGACCCGGAGAACGAGUCUGGUCAGCGGUUUUAUCAGCGUGACAACCACCGAAACCGUGGCAGGGACUGGAAGGCGGAUGGCCCAGCGGCCCCUCGUGCUGAACGCUCCGGGCCUGGGUCUGGUGCACCAAAGGCCGACAAACCGAAGUUGACCCCCGACGAGUUCCCUGCGCUCCCCGGCAGCAAAUCCACCGCACCGCAAGUCAGCACAAACGCUCCCCUAUCCUUUGCUUCCUUGCCCCUCUCGCCUGCUGUCGGCAGAUGGGACGAUGAGGUGGAAGAAAGUAUUUCGAAAAAGGCGGCACAGGCAAAGGAGGCGGCGGACGCGCAGGCGAAGUCAAAGGAAAACUAGAAACCUUCCUAUGCGCGGCCAACCUUCGCUUCAACCAUUCGCUCCAAUCUCACCAUGUCAAAGAAUGAGUCCCAGAAAACUCCAGCGAAUGUACAGGAUACGCCGAACGCAGAGAGCCCGUUGGCGAGCAAUGAGAACCCUCCUCGUACCAAACCAAGGUUAAUUCCAAUGAAACGCCCAAAAGGUUACUAUAAAUCUGAGUCGCAAGACACAGUCAAUAAAGAGCCGACACUGGAGCAUGAGUCGGCAAAGCCAACACCGGAGCAUGAGUCAGCAAAGCCAGCGAAGGUG